AUGAGAGCAUACUGUCUUGUAAACAUACAGGGUGACCAGCGUGAGCCACACGACUCUGGUCGGCCCGUCUCAGAAGAGAAGCUCGCAUCGCUCGGUGUGACCUAUCACCACUGCCCAACAAUCGAGGCGGUCGAUGCUAUUGCAAAGGAGCGUGGCUACAAGAACCGUGAUCAGGUCUGUGUCUCACCGCAGGCCAUGGGUGAUAUCUAUGAAGAGAAGGUGAAGAUGUUCUUUGCAGAGCACCUGCAUGAGGACGAGGAGAUUCGUUAUAUUCUCGAUGGUGAAGGUUACUUUGAUGUUCGUGGACAGGGCGACGAAUGGAUCCGCAUUGACCUGGUCAAGGAAGACAUGAUCAUCCUGCCAGCGGGCAUCUAUCAUCGCUUCACAACGGAUGCGCAAAACUAUGUGAAGGCGAUGCGUCUGUUCCAAGACGAGCCUAAAUGGACCCCUCUCAACCGCAGCGAUGAGGUCGACGUGAACCCGCACCGAAAGUCAUAUGUUGAGAAAGUUUUGAAGCCCACAGCGGCUGCGAACUAG